AUUCGCCAGGAGAUGCAUAGGAAGCAGGUCUACUUUAUCCUCCGGUUCCCGCGCACUGGAUUCUUCAAACUGCAGCUCUACGCUCUGCCUGCGAAGGACCGCGAACAUUCCCUGCCCAGUGUAUACAACUACCUAAUUGAGGCAAUUUAG